AUGCAUCUCUCCUCGUCUCUCCUCCUCCUCGCCGCCUUGCCCCUGGGCAUCGCCGGCAAGGGCAAGGGCCACGGCCACGGCCCCCAUACCGGGCUCCACACCCUCGCCAAGCAGGCCGGCCUCAAGUACUUCGGCUCUGCCACCGACUCUCCCGGCCAGCGUGAGCGCGCCGGCUACGAGGACAAGUACGCCCAGUACGACCAGAUCAUGUGGAAGUCGGGCGAGUUCGGCCUGACGACCCCGACCAACGGCCAAAAGUGGCUGUUUACUGAGCCCGAGCGUGGCGUGUUCAACUUCACCGAGGGUGACAUCGUGACGAACCUGGCCCGGAAGCACGGUUUCAUGCAGCGGUGCCACGCGCUCGUCUGGCACAGCCAGCUCGCCCCUUGGGUCGAGUCGACCGAGUGGACGCCCGAGGAGCUGCGCCAGGUCAUUGUCAACCACAUCACCCACGUGGCCGGCUACUACAAGGGCAAGUGCUAUGCCUGGGACGUCGUCAACGAGGCCCUGAACGAGGACGGCACCUACCGCGAGUCCGUCUUCUACAAGGUGCUCGGCGAGGACUACAUCAAGCUGGCCUUCGAGACGGCCGCCAAGGUCGACCCCCACGCCAAGCUCUACUACAACGACUACAACCUCGAGUCCCCCAGCGCCAAGACCGAGGGCGCCAAGCGCAUCGUCAAGAUGCUCAAGGACGCCGGCAUCCGCAUCGACGGCGUCGGCCUGCAGGCCCACCUCGUCGCCGAGAGCCACCCGACCCUCGACGAGCACAUCGAUGCCAUCAAGGGCUUCACCGAGCUCGGCGUCGAGGUCGCCCUGACCGAGCUCGACAUCCGCCUCUCCAUCCCGGCCAACGCCACCAACCUCGCCCAGCAGAGGGAGGCGUACAAGAACGUCGUCGGCGCUUGCGUCCAGGUUCGCGGCUGCAUUGGCGUGGAGAUCUGGGACUUCUAUGACCCCUUCAGCUGGGUCCCUGCCACCUUCCCCGGCCAGGGCGCCCCCCUGCUCUGGUUCGAGGACUUUUCCAAGCACCCCGCCUACGACGGCGUCGUCGAGGCCCUGACCAACAGGACCACGGGCGGGUGCAAGGGCAAGGGCAAGGGCAAGGGCAAGGUUUGGAAGGCCUAAUAAGUGGUGUUGUGCGGGUCGUGUAGAGAUUUAGGGAGAGGAUUGGGUCCUUCGGUUCUUGUAUCUAAUUAUUGUUCCGUACUAUUAAUUGCAUUUCGAUCUAAAGUUAG